GCAGCUAAACGAAAAAAACAAACUGCAGCUGAAAAAAGUUAAGCUGACAUAAAAUUGCAUUAACUAAUACAUCAAAUAUACACUAUAAAACUGAACAAAUAAACAAGAUUGGGCAUGUUUUGCUGCCUGCGCACCUGCCUCAAUGGAGGGCAGCUCCGAAAACCGACAGCAGCCGCGCAUCGAUUAAGGGAGCCCGAAGUGCACCUCGACGCGGCGCAUAUGGGCCCUGAUGUUAUACUACUCUCGCACCAGCUGAGAGUCACCGGCACGGGCGGAGUGCUGGCGACAGCGCCUUUGGUCCAGUCCAAAUCUUACUUCGAGGUGAAGAUCCAGCAGGGCGGCUGCUGGUCCGUUGGCCUGGCUACGCGCCAAGCGGACUUGUCCCGCAAGUGGGGCGGCGGAGACGGCGAGUCGUGGUGCCUGUGCUCCGACAAUGCCACGCGCCACAACGACGAGGAGUUCCGUCCGGUGGUGGCCACAGGCGUACAGCCCACAUCCGCCACCAAACCAGUCACAACCACGGCCAAUGGCAUAUUGAACAACAGUGCAGCAGCCGCAGCUGGCCUGAUUGCCAUUGAGGAUCUGCAGGAGGAUCUGCUGAUGACCACCGGAUCGGAGCAGAAGUCGCCCGCAGACUUGAGCCCCGUGGACACUCUGAUCAACGCACCACAGCGCGACUUUCCCGAUGAGGGCGACAUACUGGGCGUGGCCUUCGACCAUGUCGAGCUCAACUUCUACUUCAAUGGCAAGAACCUGGAGGUGCCCUUCCUCAAUGUGCGUGGCCCGGCUCUCUUUCCCGUCAUCUAUGUGGGUAACGGCGCGAUUCUGGACAUUAUUCUGGACAAUUUCACGCACGGACCUCCACCGGGAUUCGAGCGCAUUUUAUUGGAGCAGUCGCUGCUUUAGGGAGUUACUCUUGAUUCUCGCUUGCCAUAGAACAAAAUUGAAGCCUUGAGCUGGGACACAGAAUUAUUGUCUAUUGCCUGCUUCCUGAUUUGUCCCAGGCUCAAAUGUACAAAAUUGUAUUAUUUCUAGUCUCGCAACCGCAGCUGUCGAUGAACUAAAAUAGCUU